ACAUCCUGUCAGUUUCAAACAUGGCUUCGUCCAGGUUAGAAAUCAAUUUUAUCAGGUUAUUGUCUCGUUGUGAAUCUAUAGCCUCGGAAAAACGAGGUGAAACUGAAUGGAGACUGGAAAAGUACGUUGGGGCGCUGGAAGAGAUGCUGGCGGCGAUGAGGAAGAGUCCGAGCAAACCCACACCAGAAGUUAUGGGUGACUAUACCCGUAAAGUGGACUUCCUGAAAGGAUUACUGGAAGCGGAGAAACUGGCAUCCCCUACUGAGAAAGCACUGGCCAAUCAGUUCCUUGCUCCUGGACGGACACCCACCAUAGCCAGUGAGAGGAUGCCAGCCAGUAAGACGGUGCACAUGCAGACCAAGGCGCGGUGCACCGGGGAGAUGAGGGAGGAGCUACUGGGCACGGGGCGGCUGAACAAAGGGUCCUCGGAAACCGACCUGCGCAACAGAAGGGGCCUGGGUCUGGACGAGCGGCAGUCUGCCUCAGAGCUGGACGCGGUGCUGCAGCAUCACCACAACCUGCAGGAGAAGCUGGCAGAGGACAUGCUCAGCCUGGCAAGGAACCUGAAGAACAACACGCUGGCUGCGCAGAACAUCAUCAAGCAGGACAACCAGACCCUGAGCCAGUCCAUGCGUCAGGCUGACGUGAACUUUGAGAAGCUGAAGAGUGAGUCUGAGCGUCUGGAGCAGCACACCAAGAAGGCCGUCAACUGGUUCCUGUGGCUCAUGCUCCUGGUGGUGUCCUUUGUGUUCAUCAGCAUGAUCCUCUUCAUCAGGAUCUUUCCCAAGCUGAGAUGACGAGCGACUCCAGCCCGGACAGAAGAACGGAGCUCAACAUCUGAACUGUGUUUGCAGGCUAGCUUGUCCAUGUCUCUGUGCUCCUAUCAACAAGACUAGAUGUAGUCUCUGUUCAUAGUUAGACUGCUGGAUGCCAGCAAGGGCUAUGUAGUAAUCAGAGAGGCUGCUGGGAAGCCUUUGUUAACCACCAGUGGUCUGCUAGUCACCGCAUGUAGCUCAGAGAUACCUCACCAUGAUGCAAGGGUGGGAUUGGUUGACCUGCGAUAAUAUCCCCAUGUCAUUCAUUCAUUAGCUUGUCUGUGUAAGGUCAGAUUCAAGCGAUGUUAGGAUAGUGUUUCCCCUCCAAAUACUUAAGCACUUGAUAUCCACAACCCUAAAGAAUAUAUCCAUCACAGUGGUGGACCGUGCCCUCUCACCGUUUAUUCAGAGAAUACCCUGAAGGCCCUGACGGACCACCACUGAUUCACCACAGCCCUAAAGUACAUUUGGUUUUCCUGGUUCCUCCUGAAGAGGUGUCUUUACUCCUCAACUUGCUUAUCCUAAGAGGUGUCAUGGUGGGUGUUCGUGAUUAUUAGUGUGAUGUUGGAUGCAUGUGAUGUUGGAUGCAUGAGAUGUUAACAGUUGUGGUGAAAGUGGUGACCUUCUAUGUUAAAAAUGAUUGCUGUUCUGUUUGUCCCUCUGUUCCAUCCUGCACCAGUACUUUCUGUGUUGUAGAACAGUGUGUUCAGUAAACGUUAACCCUCACAUGAUCACAAACACUCUGGCGCCCUCUACUGUUGAAGUGUGAUGUCACUGUGGGAUGCUGCUAGACUUGGCCAGCAGGGGGCAGCAAGGUUCCCUAACCACCUACAAAAAGAAGCUGCCGGAAUUAGCCAUGAUGAUUACGACCUCUCUGACCCCUGGGGAGAGAAUAGCCCUGAACCCUCCUGCCACACACACACACCAACCCAAAUAAACCCCAGCAUCCUGGCCCGUAGCUUGGCUGUGUGGUACCACAGGGCUGAGUAGGUCAUAACAGGCGGAGGGCUAUUCUGGUUCCAACCACCCUGCCUGGGCUUGUUGCUGCCCCAGAAGAAGCCCCUCCUGCUGGGCUAGGGGCCAGUCUAUUUCAGACUCUCAUGGGGUAUUUCUGAUGGGUCGGAAGCGUAGUCGUAUCUGCUGCCCUGCCCUGUCAUCAGUGCUUCCCACAGCUAGAGCCACCUGUCCUGCACCCUGGGGGGCCACCUGUCCUGCACCCUGGGGGGCCACCUGUCCUGCACCCUGGGGGGCCACCUGUCCUGCACCCUGGGGGGCCCCUCAGACCAGGACCACACUGACUCCUUCAGGGAGCAGAAAGGUAAAUUCAGCACCAGGACUAACAGUCUGGGAACCUGGACUUAUCAAUGUCAUUAAGGUAAUAAGUUAAGGUAAUAUGUUUAAUCACAGCAUUCUGUCCCUGGAUGAGGAAACCUCUGCUCUCCAUGUUGUGCCAUAUUUCUCCGUUUACCACAAGCAUAACCUCGGAGACCUGAAUACUCAUCCUGGCUGUGAGGGUUAGGGUUAGGGCCGGCUGAGACCUCAGACCACCUUCACCUGGACAUGGAACUUCCUGUUCCUGGCCUGUGACUUCCUGUCUGCACACCCUGAUAGUGUCGAGAACUUUGUGUUUACAGAACACUUUCUGAUAGAAAUAAUAAUAAAA